AAUGUUUUAGGUUACGUUGCGCCAGAGAGGAUCCCUCUGGUUGCGCAUGACAUACAUACACAUACAUUCACGCACGCAAGAAUUGUCGAUCUACGAAAUUGGAUUCAUUGCAUUUCCCCCUCGUGUAAAUUCGGUGCUGUGCGUUGCGCGCGUAUUACCAUAAUUACUAUGUAGUGAAUUCUACUGUAUCUUCAUCCGUCGUCGAGUCACGCGUGAGUACGGAGUGGUGAUGAACGCCUUAGCAUCUCUGGGAUUGUUCCACUUAACGUGGAAGUGAAACGAAUAGCCACACAAUUAUCGUCCACACAUGCUAAUGAAUAGCAAAUGAACGCGGUACUACGCGAUGAAGUAGACGAGAAUAGUCUGAUUUGAUGAACGACUGAGGCUCUCGUCCGAAUGUGAAGAAAGGGAACAUAGGAACACUUCUGCCGAGAAAGGGAAGAAGAGAGAGGAACAUUAAAGUGUUUUAUACUUAGUGAUAUAUAACUGUAUGCUACUAUUACAAUACAUGAUACGACACAUUUAGAGAAAACUCAGAGAUAUCAAAUGCAUGAAUAUUCAUCUUGACUACCAGCCGAUCUUAGUUUUUAGAAAUAAGCAUAAUGUUAACAUCCGUGCCUACGGCACCGUCCACCUCCGUGAGCAGUUCUGGGCUACCAAGUCCAACUACUGACACGUUAGAUGACGUUUCAAACAAGUUGACGGCAUAUCUACAUCAACUAGCCGGAAAUUACGAGAUGGACAUUGAUGUAAUAGUCAAAGAUCAUUGUUACGCUCGACCCUGGAACUGGAAACCAGAGAACGCUUAUGUAAAGCCUAUAAAAAAGAUUUUUUUCUCGAAAAACACUGGGAGUGAUAAGCACAGACAGGAUGAAGAAAUUGACGUGGAAAAUAUUGGCAGCGAAUCGUUGCCAUUGCCUUUCGAUUUAACCAGAGUUCGACACAUGAUGGACGAGUUUGAACGUUUAGCGAGUUUCGCGCGACCCGAGGAGGAGGAGGAGGAGGAGGAGGACUGGGAGGAGAAGAUAGAGAAAACUCUAUGGUCUCCGAUCCAGAAUCGGAUAUUUACCAAAGUGACGCGGAUACUAAGCUCGGAGAGGCUUGCGCGACUGGCGAAGGCUCAGAGCGUGACGGAACCGAUCUUUCGAAGGACAUCGGUGGAUGUUGCGGCGAGGAGAUUUCGAGAAACGUUAGCGUCGACCGGUUGGGACUGGAGACUGGCACAAUGGCUGCACAAUUUGCUAUUCGAGCAUCUCCCCCAGGAAUAUUUAGCCAUUUAUCUCGACAUUCUGCAGGCCUUAAAACUGAAGAUUCCUCAGCUGAUCGAUAAAAUGAUUGCCGUGCAACCAAAUAUUAGCGCUAAGGGAGGUUCCAUAACGUGGGAAACUCUCGGAUCGCUCUUGAAACGAUCUUGGGAUCCGGUCGCGCAGAAUUUGAGCGGGAAUAGAAUUAAGAAGUUGCCUGGAAAUCCGAUCUUGGUAGUGGUGCCUUCCGGCAUCGCCUCGGCCAUUUCCUCUCGUCAGCAUAAAUGGAUCACGCAGCUGGGAUCGCUAGGUAUGGUCGCUACCGUUCAUACUCAUAUGGGUUUGGCAGCCAACAGAAUGACUAUGAUGGUGUGCAUGGAUCAGUUGGUUCAGGCUACAAGAGCCAAGAUACAGGAUGUAAGAAGUGAUUGUCCUGGUAGGCCGAUCAUACUCGUAGGUUUCAAUUCUGGCGCAGCGCUUGCUUGUCAGAUAGCCCAGAUGGAACACAUAACUGCUGUCAUCUGCAUUGGCUUUCCUUUCACGACGGUCGAGGGGAAACGAGGUACGCCCGACGACGUGUUAAUGGACAUUCGCUGCCCCGUCAUGUUUAUCAUCGGGCAAAACGCCACGCUCGUUAGACCGGACGAUCUGGAGGAGCUCCGCGAGAAGAUGCUGGUCGAGACGAGUCUGGUGGUCGUGGGCACGGCCGACGAUUAUCUCAGAAUAUCCACGUCGAAGAAAAUGCUCGAGGGCAUCACGCAGAGCAUGGUGGACAGAUGCGUGUUGGACGAGAUCGGGGAUUUCAUCGGUAGCAUCCUUUUGCAACCGCAUCCGCUACCGCUGCGGCCGACAAUGGCGGCGAGCUGCGACAACAAGAGCAAGAAGGACUUUCACAAACGAAGAAACUCGACCAGCAGCUCCGUGGAGAGCGAGCCUAAUUCGCCGACCGUGAAGAAAUCCCGGCCGAGCACGCCGGUGUCUUCCGCGCUGUCGGUCGGUACGAACGUGGCGUCGAGCUCGACCCCCAAAAUCGGUACGUUCGGUGCUCAGUCCAAUAUGGUGCAAGUGAGUGGGCAGCAUACAAAUCAUACUUCCACCGUUAAACGGAAGCGACCCACGAGCAAUCAGAGAAAUCAACUCGCGGAACUGAAGAAUUCUAGACUCUCUUCACAGCCGAACAUUAACUCGGAAAAUGGCAUAACGCUCAAUAUCGGCACACUAGCGAGUCUGGCGCCGAUAGGACCGAUACGUUUAGCACCCACCGCAGUGAGUCAAUCCACGACUACCACCUCGAAAACGUCUAACGCGUCCAAAUCCUCGAGCGCUAAAUUACCGAAGAUCAUUUCGAACGUGCCCCUGCAGACGAAGAUGAAAACGAUAGUAUCCACUAAGUCUUACUCGAAUGUGAUCUCGAACAAUUACAGGCAAGUCAAUGCGCCUGACAAAGGUGGAGACGCGAAAUUGGUGAACGUCUUUACUACGGGAAAUCAGAUUAGGGUUAAUACAACUCCCGCAGCAGGAACUAAUAAGCCUCCGGCGACAAGCGGCACAUUAUCGAAUCUUUUGCAAAGCGGAAAGAGCUCUAUUGCGUUAACGAGCGGUGCAUCCGCCGCUCGUGUGUCGUCGGCUUCCAGUAUCCUACUAACGACCACCAAUUCGUCAGCGAAUACCGCAACAUCGUCCACGUCGACUUCUUCAAAAGCGAUGGAAGAGAUGGGAGUGAGCGGUGAUUCUCACUUAUUGAACGUAUCCAAGUCGGCGCACUUACCACGACAAGGAGCCGUGUCCAAUAGUACUGAUAACUCCCAUAACACGUCGUGCGGUAACAUAGUCAUUGUCGAGAAUUCCCUUCACAACAGAGGCGCGCCCUCGUCGAUGAUAGUUCCGUUUAGCGGUCAGAGCUCCAGCUUCCUGCCGCUGUCCAACAAGUUGAAAAUCUCACAGAAGUCGAUGAAGGCAAUGCCGAAGAUCACGGUCAACGCCAACAACUUGCAGAAGCUGCAGAAGGGGAAGCCCCAGGGCGUCCAGAAGCGAAGCAUCGCAAACGAUAUAGACGACGAUCUGGGAAAUAUACUGGACAUACCGAUAAUAUUCGCCAAGGACGACGAUAGUUUGAGCAAUCUGAAUAAGAUGCCGGUGGUGACGCAGGCGACGCUGGCUAAGGAGCCUCCGGAGAGACCGAAACUGAACAACACCACCAAGGUAGUUUUGAUCAGCAACAAGCAAGACAAGCUGCAGCAGAUGCCGAAUAAACUCGGGGCCGCUCCCACGCAGGCCGUUAUAUGCCCCAACAUGCCUGUGCAAAACUUGAAUCAGUUGAUACUGCAGACGCGGAACAGCGGCGUCACGGCGAAAAGCAGGGUCGGAAUACCGCUGGAAAAUCGAUUGGUGCAACCCACUGUGAAGUACACCAAGAUCAUACUGGCGAAGAGGAACUCGCAACUCGCUCAGCAGAACGAGAGGGUCGAGCAGGUGGUUACGACCAAGAAAAUCGUGGAAGACGUAAGCGCACCUAAAAUCCUGACCUUCGAGAAAAACGAGCACAGAUUUGUGCAAGCACAACCAUCCACGGUAUCAACUACGAUAACAAAUUACGACGACCAUCGUAUGGAUAACGUACUCGAGAUUGAGGACGCUAUUAAAAAGAAUAUCAUCGAGCGCAAAUACAUACCCGCACCUGCGAUCGACGAGACACCAUCCGCGACUCUCGACGACGACUGCGAUAUUUUCAACGAGACCAAAUUGGACGACAUAGAACGUGAUUCAGAACAGUCUAUUUUCGAUAAUGUUAGUGAACUGCAAACGUAGAGUACAUGAUUGCUUUAUAAGACAUGACGUGAUUACUUGAUUGUUGAUUGUGCGAUAUGCGAAAAGAUAUCUGCAAAGUAUGAUUUCAAAGUGUGUCGAUAUUAAUCUAAAAAAAAAAAAUAUAUAUAUAUAUAUAUGUGUGUGUACACACAUAUAUG